AUGACCGCAACCUCGGAGGCCAAUAGCUCUGACUUGGCCAAGGUGCCCUCGGAGCCCUUGAAAGAAGGGGCAGCAUCGGAGCCCCCCAAGGAAGGGGCAGCAUCGGAGACCCCCAAGGAAGGGGCAGCAUCAGAGCCCCCCAAGGAAGGGGCAGCAUCGGAGGCCCUCAAGGAAGGGGCAGCAUCAGAGACCCCCAAAGAAGGGCCAGCAUCAGAGCCCUCCAAGGAAGGGGCAGCAUCGGAGACCCCCGGAGAAGGAACAGCAUCGGAGACCCCCGGAGAAGGAGCAGUAUCAGAGCCCCCCAAGGAAGGGGCAGCAUCGGAGACCUUGGAGGAAAAGCAGGUUCCCGUGGCAACCCCUGAGGCACCUGCCCCCGAAGCCACUACACCUGCUCCUCCAAGUGAAGAUGUGCCCAGUGCCCCCCUGAAGCUGACGGUGGAGGAUGUGAGUGACUGCUCGGUGACCAUGAGCUGGGAGCCUCCGGAGAAGCUCGGGAGCCAGGGGCUCCAGGGCUAUGUGCUGGAGUUACGCAAGGAGGGAGCCUCAGAGUGGGUGCCCGUGAACGCCCGGCCCGUGAUGGUGACCCAGCAGACCAUACGGAACCUGGCUGUGGGAGACAAGUUCUUCGUACGUGUGGCCGCUGUGAGCUCGGCAGGGGCUGGGCCGCCAGCGGUGCUGAGCCAGCCCGUGCACAUCCCGGAGAUCAUCGAGGCCCCCAAGAUCCGUGUGCCCCGCCACCUCCGUCAGACCUACCUCCGCCAGGUGGGAGAGGUGGUCAACCUGCAGAUUCCAUUCCAGGGGAAGCCCAAGCCUCAGGCCUCGUGGACCCACAACGGCCACGCCUUGGACAGCAAGAAAGUGAGCGUGCGCACGGGGGACCAGGACUCCAUCCUCUUCAUCCGCUCAGCCCAGCGCUCGGACUCAGGCUGCUAUGAGCUCACCGUGCGGCUGGAGAACCUGGAGGCCCGGGCAGCCAUCAACAUCCUGGUCAUUGAGAAGCCUCAACCCCCCAGCAGCAUCAGGCUGGUGGACGUCUGGGGCUGCAACGCUGCCCUGGAAUGGACGCCGCCCCAGGACACAGGCAACACCGAGCUUCUGGGCUACACGGUGCAGAAGGCAGACAAGAAGACAGGGCAAUGGUUCACCGUGCUGGAGCACUACCACCCAACCUCCUGCACCGUCUCCGACCUCGUCAUGGGCAACUCCUACUCCUUCCGCGUCUUUUCGGAAAACCUCUGUGGACUCAGCGACUCGGCUGCGAUCACCAAGGAGCUUGCCCACAUCAAGAAAGCAGAUAUUGUUGCCAAACUCAAAGACUUUGUCCAGAGAGACUUCUCUGAAGCCCCUUCGUUCACCCAGCCCCUGGCUGAUCACACUACUACCUCUGGCUACAGCACCCAGCUCUCCUGCAGUGUCCGAGCAUCGCCCAAGCCCAAGAUCUUCUGGAUGAAAAACAAUAUGAACAUCCUGGGGGACCCCAAAUACCGCACCUUCUCUGAACAAGGUGUCUACACCCUGGAGAUCCGGAAGCCCAGCCCCUUUGAUUCUGGGGUAUACACCUGCAAGGCCAUCAAUGUGCUGGGGGAGGCAUCUGUGGACUGCCGGCUGGAGGUCAAAGCCUUAGCCACACACUGAGGAGCCCUCGAGGAGGCUGCGAUGUGAUGGGAUGAAGGGCUCAAGAAGCAGGUUCUCUGCCAGGAGCUGCAGACCUAAAGGGCCAUGGCCACCAAGUACCAAAUCAAGCUCCAUGGAUUCCCCAGACCCCCGUUUCCAUAGUGAUGACUGAUGACUCUGCCCCCUGACACCAUCCGAGCCUCCCUCCACCGAGGCUGGAGCCCAGCACCCAGGAGUGGGACUGGCAGCCCCGGGACAGGCUGCACGGGCACAGGGGCUCUGGAAAGUGCCAAGACUGGUCUGCCCUGCAGAGAUGCAUGCUGGGCAAGAAGCGGUCAAAUAAAGGUGUGUGGUGCUCCA